GGCUUUUGCGCUUACCAACAUUGGCCAUGCAAGAAGAGCAAGAAAUUUUACUUAGCAAUUGGUAAAUAAAUAAAAUCAGGCAAAAUGAGUUCGGGGGCCAUGCGCACACCGGUCUCGCAGAUCAUCCAGAGCAAGCACGACCAGGAUGCGGAGGAGGAACCGAAGAAAAAGUCGCGCGAGGAUUGGCGCAAAGCCAAGGAGCUGGAGGAGGCCCGAAAAGCUGGAACAGCACCAGCCGCCGUCGACGAAGAGGGUCGCGACAUUAAUCCGCACAUCCCGCAGUACAUAUCGAAUGCCCCGUGGUACUACGGCUCGGCGGGACCUACGCUGAAGCAUCAGCGUCCACAGCACGAAGACGAGCAGGGAGAGUUGGACAAGAGGGCUCCUAAGGGUCUCAACACCACUCGCAUCAUCACAAAGUUUCGAAAAGGAGCCUGCGAGAACUGUGGAGCGGUCACCCACAAACGCAAGGAUUGCUUAGAGCGGCCGCGCAAAGUUCAAGCCAAGUAUGCCGAAUCCAUUGUUGUGCACGACGAGCAUUUGGUCAAUGAGGCGGCCGUAAACUAUGACGAGAAACGCGAUCGCUGGAGUAGCUACGAUCCGGCUAAUCACAGGGAGAUCAUCGAGGAGUACGAGAAGGUUGAGGAGGCCAAGCGGCAGCUUAAGGCCGAAAAGCUAAAGAACGACCCCGAUGCCGAGAUAUCCGAUGAGGAGGGCAACGAGGACAAGUACGUGGACGAGGUGGACAUGCCUGGUACCAAGGUGGACUCCAAACAGCGCAUCACAGUGCGUAACUUGCGUAUCCGUGAGGACACAGCCAAAUAUCUGCGGAACUUGGACCCCAACUCCGCUUACUACGAUCCCAAAACACGCUCCAUGCGUGACAAUCCCAAUCCAGCGCUGCCCGAUGAAGAAGCUGAGUUUGCCGGUGAGAACUUUGUGCGCUUCUCUGGAGACACCACAGCCCAGGCCACGGCUCAGUUGUUUGCCUGGGAGGCUCAUGGCAAGGGUGUGGAUGUGCAUCUGCUGGCCGAACCCACUAAGUUGGAGCUGCUCCAGAAAGAGUACGAGCAGAAGAAGGAACAGUUUAAGUCGAGUACCAAAACGCACAUUGUGGAGAAGUACGGAGGCGAGGAGCACCUGCAGGUGCCGCCAAAAUCGCUGCUGCUGGCCCAGACCGAGGAGUACAUUGAGUACUCUCGCAGCGGUAAGGUGAUCAAGGGCGUGGAGAAGCCAAAAGCGCGUAGUAUCUACGAGGAGGAUGUGUACAUCAACAACCACACGACCGUUUGGGGCAGUUUUUGGAAUGCGGGUCGUUGGGGCUACAAGUGUUGCAAGUCCUUUAUUAAGAAUUCGUACUGUGUGGGUAUGCAAGAGCCAGAGGGCUACUCGGAUCAGCAUCCCACCAGCUCCAGCUCAGCAGAAGCAUCUUCAGCAGAAACCCCCGCCCAGAUCCAGUUUAAGGUACCAGAAGUGCCCCCAGAGAGGCCCGCCUCCGAAGUUGACUCAGCCCCGAGUUCGGAAUCCUCCUCAUCGGAGGAGGAGAUAGUAAAACCCGAGAAGAAAAAGUCCAAGAAAAAGUCUAAGAAGCGCGAGAAGAGAAAGAAGGCCAAGGAGCAGCGCAAACAAAAAUCCAAGCACAAGGAGGAAAAGGAGAAGACGAAGGAAAAAGAGAUUCCUGAGGAGCUGGACGAUCGAAAACGGGCAUACAACAGCAUGUAUGAUGUGAAGGCGCCCACAGAGGACGAAAUCGAAGAGUGGAAGAAGAAGCGGCCGAGGGCAGAGGAUCCCAUGCUGCAAUUUAUGUAGACAAUAAAAUAAAUCAACUUUAUAAAAUAAA